AUAUAUAGGACUGAAGAUCUCACUCUCAGAUCCAUUCGCAAAGGAUGGUUACGUGGGUAUUUUCAAAAUCUUCUGCCAUGAAACGUCUUUUGCUGCUCCUGCUCUGCAUUUCCGUAGUUAAAUGCGAGUCAGACUAUGAUGAAGAGGGAGAUGACAGAGAUGACAGGCCACAUAAGCCUGCAGUGGAUGCUCGGAGUCAUCGACCAGUAGAUAAGAGAAGGGAAUCAGCUCCAUCUCUGAGACCAGCUCCACCUCCCAUCAGUGGGGGAGGGUACAGAGCUCGUCCCUCACAACCUCAGUCUAUUCAGCAGAAGAAAUUGGAAAGAAAGGCCCCUGAUGCCGGAGGCUGCCUCCACGCUGAUGCAGAUAUGGGAGUGUUGUGUCCAACAGGAUGUGUGCUGCAAGACACGUUAGUGAAACAGGAGAGAACUGUGAAAGCCAAUGUUGAAGACCUGGGAGCUGAAGUGGACUCCUUUGCUCAGAGGACUUCUAGCAACUUCCAGCACAUGGGGAUCCUCAAGGAUGUGUGGGCAAAAAGACAGAAGCAAAUAAUAGACAAUGAAAAUGCAGUAAAUGGGUUUUCAUCUGAACUGGAAAAGCAUCAAAUCUACAUCCAGGAGACGGUGAACACUCAUAUCCCAAACAACCUCCGAGUGCUUCGGUCGAGUCUAGAAAGCCUAAGAAGCAAAAUACAGAAAUUGGAAAGUGAUGUUUCAGUUCAAAUGGACUACUGUCGCAACCCAUGCACUGUCAGCUGUAGCAUCCCAGUGGUUUCAGGCAAAGAGUGCGAAGAAAUUAUUAGGAAAGGAGGUGAUACAUCUGAAAUGUAUCUCAUUCAGCCUGACGGUUUUGUCAAACCAUAUAGAGUUUAUUGUGAUAUGAAGACAGAAAAUGGAGGAUGGACAGUAAUCCAGAACCGUCAAGAUGGUAGUGUUGACUUUGGCAGAAAAUGGGAUGCAUACAAAAAUGGAUUUGGAAAUAUUGCAACCAAUGAAGAUGAAAAUAAAUACUGUGGGUUACCAGGUGAAUAUUGGCUUGGAAAUGAUAAAAUUAGCCAGCUUACCAAAAUGGGACCCACUGAACUUCUGAUUGAAAUGGAAGACUGGAAAGGUGAUAAGGUGAAGGCUCAUUAUGGAGGAUUCACAGUACAGAAUGAAGGCAACAAAUACCAGAUCUCUCUUAGUAAAUACAAAGGAACUGCUGGCAAUGCCCUGAUGGAUGGAGCAUCCCAGCUGGUGGGAGAGAACAGGACCAUGACCAUUCACAACGGCAUGUUCUUCAGCACCUAUGACAGAGAUAAUGAUGGGUGGUUAACUUCAGAUUCAAGUAAACAGUGUUCCAAGGAAGAUGGCGGCGGUUGGUGGUAUAACAGAUGCCACUCAGCUAAUCCAAAUGGCAGAUACUAUUGGGGUGGCCAUUACAGCUGGGAUAUGGCAAAACAUGGCACAGAUGAUGGAGUCGUAUGGAUGAAUUGGAAGGGGUCAUGGUAUUCAUUGAAGGGGAUGUCUAUGAAGAUCAGACCAUUCUUUCCACAACAAUAGUUUCAAAAACCAAUAGAUUUCUUUUUUUUAGUCUUCCCACAUGGGACAAAUUUUUUUAUACAUUAUUAUCAGAGUUUUCCUUCACAUAUUGGAAGCAAACCUCCCACAGAUUAUAGAUAUAACAUAAAUUGGAAAAGCUAUUUAGGAUAAAAGCCAUUAAAUACUAUAUAACCUUCUUUGAUACUUUUGAUUUGUAUUUUUUGUCAAGAAACUACUAAAAGGAAAAUUGGAGAAACAGAGUCAUUUAUAAAUUUCAAUUUUACCUGGUCAUGAAAAACAUUAAAAUAAGUGGAGAAAUGUUAUGUAGUUGUGAAAAAUCUGAGGCAAACUUAAAGCUGAUGUUAAAAACUCUUCUUUAAAAAUUAUAUUUAUUUAUGCAAAGUUCUGUGAAAGUUUUCCAAAGAUAUGUUCAUUAAACACUUUAUACUGCAA